AUGAUCAGCCAGCGAACUUGCACCUUGCACACGCAAUGGCACUUGGCCGCGAGUGAGGACCCUGUUGCCGCCAUGGAUCAUAUCAGCGGAGCACGGCAGAGCCUGAAGUCGUUGCUCGCCGAAACAGACGAUCUUGAAAAGUUCUCUGUAGAGGACGGUUGGAUGGAUCCUCGGUAUCGAUCGCGGGCCGGCAAUCCACUCACGUACCAUGUACGCUUGAAAAAAUCAGCUGGAACAGCAGAACAGCCCCGACCGGAUGGUGCGGCUGGACACAACCAGCUGGAAGAGAUGAAACGCAACGUGGACUCUCUUGGCCAGCUCCGCCGUCGUGCGAUUCUCCAGAAGCAGUUAGAGACGGGGCCGGAUCGUGCCAUAUUCCCAUGUCUGGAUGUGUGA